GGCUCGUGGGCGCGCGCCGUACUUCCUCAAUCGAGGGAAUCAGAGAGCGAAAAACGAGAGAGGAAGGCAAAACAUCAACUUUCAGCGAACCGCGGCCAAAAGAGAAAAAAAGCGGAGUUUUUUCCAGACAAGGAGGAGCAGGUGCCAGGUGACAUUGAUUCAAAAUGGCUCCUUUCCUGAGGAUCGCCUUUAAUUCUUAUGACCUGGGUGUCCUGCCGUCUCUCGACGAUCCGCCAUUUUGUGCCAUCAAGAUGAAGGAGGCUCUGACUACUGAGCGUGGUAAGACCCUGGUGCAGAGGAAGCCCACCAUGUAUCCUGCGUGGAAGGCCAGUUUUGACGCUCACAUUUACGAGGGGCGGGUCCUGGAGGUGCUUCUGAUGAAAACUGCAGAAGAGCCAUUGGCCGAGGUCACAGUGGGUGUGUCUGUCCUCGCUGAGCGCUGCAAGAAGGCCAACGGCAGAGCGGAAUUCUGGGUGGAUCUUCACCCAUCGGGGAAAGUGAUGAUGGCUGUGCAGUACUUUCUGGAAGGAGGAGACGCAGAGAGUAAGCAGCCGCCCAAAGAGGAGGAGGCCCCGACAAUAAACCGCAGACGAGGGGCCAUAAAACAGGCCAAGAUCCACUUCAUCAAAAACCACGAGUUCAUCGCCACCUUCUUCAGACAGCCCACCUUCUGCUCCGUGUGCCGCGAGUUUGUCUGGGGCCUCAACAAACAAGGCUACAAAUGCAGGCAAUGCAACGCAGCGAUCCAUAAGAAGUGCAUAGAUAAGAUCAUUGGCAGAUGCACUGGGACUGCAGCCAACAGCCGAGACACGGUGUUCCAAAAGGAGAGGUUUAAAAUUGACAUGCCUCAUCGGUUCAAGAUCAAUAACUACAUGAGUCCAACUUUCUGUGACCACUGUGGGAGUCUGCUGUGGGGGCUGGUCAAGCAGGGGCUCAAAUGUGAAGAUUGUGCCAUGAAUGUUCAUCACAAAUGUCAGGACAAAGUUGCCAAUCUGUGCGGAAUCAACCAGAAACUUUUAGCAGAGGCUCUCAACCAAGUCAGCCAGAAAUCAACAACUCGGCGCUCAGACCCGACUCUGGCUGACCAUCCCGACAUCGGCAUCUACGACGAGAUGAACAAACUGGCCGGACUGGACAUAAACGACGGUCCAUACGGGCGGCUCUGGGAGGGCUCCAAUCCUCGGCCUGUGUCCAGGAUCAGUCACAUGACCCGCAUCAGUGUCGACAACUUCAUCUUCCACAAAGUGCUCGGGAAAGGCAGCUUUGGAAAGGUCCUGUUGGCAGAAUUGAAAGGUCGCGGGGAAUACUUCGCUGUCAAAGCUCUGAAAAAGGACGUUGUUUUGAUGGACGAUGACGUAGAGUGCACCAUGAUAGAGAAGCGUGUUUUGGCUCUGGCCUGGGACAACCCCUUCCUCACUCACCUCUACUCCACUUUCCAGACCAAGGAGCAUUUGUUCUUUGUGAUGGAGUAUCUCAAUGGAGGAGACCUGAUGUUUCAUAUUCAGGAGAAAGGACGGUUCGAGCUGUACCGAGCGACGUUUUAUUCAGCAGAGAUCAUUUGUGGUCUUCAGUUCCUUCACUCCAAAGGAAUCAUUUACAGAGAUCUGAAAUUGGACAAUGUGAUGUUGGACCAUGAGGGACACAUAAAGAUCGCAGACUUCGGGAUGUGCAAAGAAAAUGUGUUUGGAGAAAAUCGAGCUACGACUUUCUGUGGAACUCCAGAUUACAUCGCUCCAGAGAUACUGUUAGGGCAGAAAUACUCAUUCUCGGUGGACUGGUGGUCUUUUGGUGUGCUACUGUACGAGAUGCUGAUUGGACAGUCGCCUUUCCACGGAGACGAUGAGGACGAGCUGUUUGAGUCCAUCCGGAUGGACACUCCUCACUAUCCACGCUGGAUCAAUAAAGAGGCCAGAGACCUGAUGGAGAGGUUGUUUGAGAGGGACCCCAGUCGCAGGUUAGGGGUUGUGGGUAACAUCCGUCUGCACCCAUUCUUCAAGAGCAUCAACUGGACCAGUCUGGAGAGGAGGGAGAUGGAGCCGCCUUUCAAACCAAAAGUGAAAGCUCCAAACGACUGUAGUAACUUUGACCGCGAGUUCCUGAGUGAGAAGCCUCGUCUCUCGUACAGCGACAAAAACUUCAUUGACUCCAUGGACCAAACAGCGUUCGCUGGAUUUUCAUUCAUAAAUCCCAAAAUGGAGCAACUGAUAGAGUAAAAGCAUCCUAAGUUACUGUUAAUGUGACAACAUCUUGGUACAUUUAGAUGUUACAAAUUAGAGCAGGCCCUUGUAUCGUAUAGGUUGGUAUUAUCAUAUUUGUGUGCAUGCAUUAUUUGUCCUGAAUGUAAAAAGGCCUGUUUAAUAAUAAUAGUGAGAGGUUUGGUCUCCAUCUCAAUGUUACAGUCAUCUGUAUUGGUACCAUGAGUCACCUGUCCAGCUAUCAGUGAGAAAUUAGUUAUUCAAUUUGAUUAUAUGAUCUGGUUGUCCAUCUAGUUUAAUUUUUUUUUAUAUUAUAUAAGUUUAUGCAAUUAUUUUCUGUGAAUAUUUGCUUAAAAAAUGCUAGUAAAUUAGCUUUUUGUACAUGCAAAAGUGUGGAGUGGGGUAUACUGUAGGUUGUUUUAUGUAUAAUGUUCUUCAAUGGAACUCAAUAGUAAAUGUCCACUUUGAGGUUUUGGAAGUCAAUUUUCCAUCCCUAUUUGUCACAGGCAUCUCAAAAAAAAAAAGAUGCGUUUGAUACUUUCUGGGGAUAAUCUGUUAUGUGGUAACUAAUGACGACAGCUAGUUAUCGUCUGUCUCAAUAUUUGAAUUUGAAUUCUUUGUGGAAAAUUUAUGGGAAAUUUACUUCCAGAACCAUGGGGGGCUUUGACCGUUGAGCUCCAUACUAACAACAUUUAUGCAUUAUAAAGUUGCACAUGGUUGUAAUGGUAACCAAUGACAUAUGAAUAAGAUUGUGAAAGUUGUACUAAAUUAGGUCAAGAGUGGUGUUAAUAGUUUCGUAUAGAAAAGUUAUAUCUAAAAAAACAUACAUUAAUUGGCACAUCAUAGGGUUACGAUUUUGCAAGUCCAUUUAAUCUUUGGAAACUUGAACUGAAUAUUUUACUUAAAAAAAAAGAACAUGUCUGACCAGCCUACCUCAUAUAGACAACACAGCAGAAACACAUUGAACUCUAUAAUGUACAUUAAUUUCAUUUACUGUCACUGUCACUUUAGUUGUUGGCUGCAUGUUCAGAUCUUAAAACCUCAAAUCAAAAACGGUUUCAUCUCUCAGUAACCUUUCAAGGGACCAUAUUACACUAUUUUCUGAUUUAUGUUAUAAUGUUGUUUUCUCAUCUCAAACAUACCUGGAGCUGUGCUUUAUUUCAUUCCCACGUGUUUAACACACAAACCCUGAAUUUAGGCUGAGUUCUUCUCUCAAACAAAAACACUAUUUGCUGUGCUCCACUGUGUUUUUAAACUCCGUACACCUUCAUUAGAAUCAUUCAGAUAAUUUUUGCCCUGGAAUUGCCAGUCCACUAAACAAAAACUUAAACAGAAAAUUACCAGUAAUUCACAUUACAAGGUGGAACAGAACAUUUUGCCCUUUGGAGAAUAUACAGCAUUACUCAAACGUGUGAAUGAAACAAAACACAAGAGUAUGUUUUUGAUGACAUAACAUGACUUAAAGCUCAAAAGAGUAAAUUUUGUGAAAUAUAAGACCUUUAAAAUGUAUUCAUCUACACAACAGGAAGAAUGAUGGAUGGAAAAAUGAGAAGUUGUGGUUUUGAGGUCAACUUUACUGUGCCAUAUUAAGAACAAAAUGUGAGGUUGGCUGAGGUUUUCUACUGGUAAAAGUACUGUUAAACUGUAAGUACAACUGUUUUAAAAGUGUUAAAAUGGCAUAGCAUCUGUACAUAGACAUUGUAUAUGGUUUUACUGUCUAACUUGUAUCAUGUAUAUUGGUAAGAUAAGGAUGUACUUUUUUACCGUUCUGUCUUUUACAUCUGAUUAAAUAACCAUUCACACCC